AUGGGGGAGCCACGGGUCAAGUACGAGAAGGAUACAGCUACCUUGCGACAAAUUGGGAGGUUGGCGACGAAAUCUUCUUAUUUGGAUUUAGCCGUGGAGCCUNUUACAGCACGUGCUAUUGGUGGCCUCAUCGACAACAUCGGUAUGCUUACCAAGGACGGUUUGCCGUACCUAGCAGAGAUAUUCCGAGAUGUGCAGCAUCGACAUGAUCCGGACUACAAGCCGAAACACCCCAACAAGCCAUUCAAGAACAAACCCAGUGUCAUGGAUCCAAGGUAUCGGCAUGAGCUUGAAAGAAGGGGUAUGACGAGACUUCGCGUUCCUAUCAAGGUCAUUGGCGUUUGGGACACUGUCGGUGUUCAGAGCUCAGCCAGCAAACGCAUGUCCUUCUACGAUACGAGUUUGCCUAAUUGCGUUGAACACGCAUUCCAAGCUCUAGCUUUAGACGAGCGAAGAUCUGCCUUUGCACCAGCUUUGUGGGAGAAGAAGCCUGGUAACACGACUGUACUUCGGCAAGUAUGGUUUCCAGGAGUACACUCCAACAUUGGCGGAGGAUUACCUGAUCAGGAACUAGCCAAUAUCACGUUGGCCUGGAUGAUGUCGCAGGUAACGCCAUUCCUUGAUAUGGACCUCGACUAUGCGCUGGAUCAGCAAGACGAUACCGAGCAGUUUUACAAGGAGACGAAACAAAAACCACGUUCUUGGUCGUUUGGUAAGAUCGUGAACUCAAUGACUGGCAUAUAUGCUAUAGGCGGUGCGACAACACGAACGCCAGGACGGUACUAUGUCGUCGACCCCGUCGAUGGCCGCAAGACCGAUGUUCCUCUGGAGGCAACACACGAAUACAUGCAUCCAUCAGUUCGGACCCGCUUCCGUCUCAAAGGACCUGGUGUAGAUGAUGAAGGAUCCUACGACCCCAAAGCUUUGCAUGACUGGAAGUUGUUCGUAGACUACGAUGGAGAAAAGGGUCGAGGUGGUCGACCGGACGUCUUCUGGAAACUGCGGACAGCCGAGCGAAAUGUUACUACUCGCAGAAUACCAGAAGCACCACUAUUGCCGCUGGAGCGAGAAUUGCUGGAAAUCGACCCUGAGAUGGAGGAAUUUGUUUUCAGACCUGCUCCUACCGCAAGAAACAGUGUUCGACGUGCGCGCGCGGGUAGUCGGAGUCAGAGUCGUAGACGAUGA